CCUCCCCUUCGCUUGCCAGUCCAAGACUCCAACCUUGCAUCAGUCCUUUCUCUCUCUCGCUCUCUCUAUCUCUCUCUAUCUCUCUUUCCGGCCGGACGACAACACAUCAGGAUCUAUCGCUGAACGGGACUUCAUAUACAUCAUGUCGAAACAUCACCCAGAUCUCAUCAUGUGCAGGAAGCAGCCCGGCAUCGCCAUCGGACGCCUGUGCGAAAAGGAUGACGGAAAAUGCGUUAUCUGCGACUCAUACGUACGUCCGGUAACACUGGUCAGAAUUUGCGACGAAUGCAACUACGGCUCAUUUCAGGGACGUUGCGUCAUCUGCGGAGCACCAGGAGUAAGCGACGCCUACUACUGCGCUAACUGCACACGAGCUGAGAAGGAUAGAGAUGGAUGCCCAAAGAUCGUUAACCUGGGAUCAUCAAAGACAGAUCUGUUCUACGAACGGAAAAAGUUUGGUUUCAAGAAGCGAUAAUCGGCAGAUCUUGCUACAUAUGCGCGCUAGCAUCCUUUCGCCUCAUUGCUCUUUCUGUCGCAAUAAAACUUGUAAAAACAAGGAACUCUGUACUUUUUGUGCAAUCACAGCAUGGUUCAAGCAAG